CUAAACCAACCAAGUACCCUCCAAAAUCGUUUUCCAUAUUUUCUCUCUUUGCGAUCUGAGCUCCGCCCUCAAUUCUUUGUCGGCGAGGUUAUGGUUUGCGCCGAUUCCGACCAAACAGUACUUGACUCCAUGGCGAUGGGACUGGAGAGAUCGAAGCAGCUCCACAAUUUCACCCUCCCUUUCUUAAAGUGGGGAAAUCAGAAGUAUCUCCGCUGUACGAAACUGGAUUCCGAUUGCGCCGACGACGCCGACGCCGACGUUCCUCCGCCAGCCGAUCGCCGAUCGUCGGCCGUCCGGUGGAACUGUCGGAAGUUUCAGACGGACAGGCCGCUGUGGUUGAAGGAUUCCGCUAAGAGACCUAGGGCUUCAAAGUCCAAGAUCCACGAUAAUUGCGACGGCGAUGAAGGUAUAGCGGCGGUGAGAGAGAAACUCAUGAUUGAUCUAAAAACCGCCGCGGAUAAGAUGAAGGUUGCAUUCUGGAGAGAUGGAGUCGUGGAUGACGAAGAUGAACCGGAGAAAAAGACUCCGGCGGCGCCGGUGCCGGCGCCGUCGCCGGAUAAGGAUUCGAAACCGUGGAGUUUGAGGGUGAAGAAGACGGCAUCGAAGACUCCGAUUGAUACAGUUACGGAAGGGAGAAGCGGUGAGAAGGCCUUGAAAAUCAAUAAGAGGUUAGAUAAGCGGCCGAUUCGAAACUCUCCGUUGAGAAGCGGUGAUGGCGGCGGCGGCGUGAAGUCUCCAGGACGGCGAUUGGUAAUGGAAAAGAAAGAAAGGGAGAAAUUCUCGGUAUCGCUUUCCAAAAAGGAGAUCGAGGAGGAUUUCAUGGCUAUGGUGGAACGCAGGCCGCCGCGAAGGCCCAAAAAGAGGCCCAGAAAUGUUCAAAAUCAAAUCGAUACGCUCUUCCCCGGAGCAUGGUUGACGGAGAUUACCGCCGAUCUCUACGACGUACCGGAAAUCCAGAAAAUCGAAAAGAGGUAGUACCGAAACCUAAUCGACGGAAUCCUUAGAAUCUAAACCUCCGGCCAGAAACUCGCGAUGCUCUGCUAAACUAAUCCAUGGACGACGACCGACCGACGGACCGAGCUCCAUCAUCUGAAAUGGUGAAUUCGAGUAGAAAUCUGAGAUUUGGAUUGAAUGUUGAAUUCCAUAGCUCUGAAAAACGCUAAUUCUUGUGUAUUAAUUAUAAUUACAUUUCAUUAUAGUCUUGGUUCUUUCUUCUGAAUAAAGAACAAUAAGGAUUAGUCGAAAAAGAAAGCACAAUUUCUUUGUUGAUUC